CCAGCCCAUAAUACCCUUCAAUGGUGGCGAGGUGAAAAGCUUCCGAUACCAAAUUAGACUUUUGAGAUUUUCCGAGUCGAAUUUUUACUUUAUCGAACUAAUUCUGAGCUGAAUUAAAGCUUCGUUUACUGAGUGUUUUUUCAGCUACGAAGCUAUGGUUGUAUUAGGCGAAACUACGAGGUAAUGGCAGAUAAAAGGAAGCUUCAAGGCGAGAUUGAGCGCUGCCUGAAAAAAGUCAGUGAAGGAGUCGAAACAUUUGAAGAUAUCUGGCAAAAGGUUCAUAAUGCAACUAACGCGAAUCAGAAGGAGAAAUAUGAAGCAGACCUUAAGAAAGAAAUCAAGAAGCUACAAAGACUUCGAGACCAAAUUAAAACAUGGGUCGCAUCCAACGAUAUCAAGGACAAACGGACAUUGUUGGAUAAUAGAAAACUCAUUGAGCAACAAAUGGAGCGGUUUAAAGUCGUCGAGAGAGAAACGAAAACAAAGGCAUAUUCUAAAGAAGGUCUUGGUUUAGCCACAAAAAUUGAUCCUGCUACUAAAGAGAAGGAGGAGGCAAGGCAGUGGAUUACGGAUGUGCUUGACAGACUAAAACUAGAGAUUGAUCAGUUUGAAAGUGAGAUUGAGCUGGUAAUUGCUGGCUCUAAGAAGAAAAAGCUGGACAAAGAACGACAGGAUCGAGUAGAUGAACUAAACGAUUGGGCAGAAAAGCAUAGAUUCCAUAACCAGCAGUUGGAGAUGAUUCUACGCAUGCUUGACAAUGGUACCAUCGAGUGUGAUGAUGUAAGUGGGCAGCUAGAAGAGAUCAAGCAGUUAAAGGAUGAUAUGGACUAUUAUCUGGAAUGUUGUAGAGAGCCUGACUUCCAGGAAAAUGAGUUUAUGUAUGACGACUUUGACCUGGAUGCCGAUCUGGAUCAAGACAUACUAGCGACAUCACCAACAGAAGAUGAUGACAUCAUGAACCAUAUUCCAACAUCACCAACAUCAUCACUACCACCGACCUCCCCAACGGAAACAGUGCCUAUGGUAAUACCUACAAAAAUACCAAAUAGCUCUCCAAGGAAAAACUCUAAAGAAGCCAAAACAUCUAGUAAUAGCUUAUCUGGGACAACACCCCCUCGAUCAACCCCUAAGAUGAAUGUACCGACAUCGCUUCAAGCAUUGGCAUCAUCGGCUGCAAACCCUGUCAUAGUAAAAUCAAGUAGCACUAUCUCAAAGCCUGCAAGCUCUAGUGGUCUAGUGAAUUCAUUUGAGAAUCACAUAUCAACCAAUGGUGAAGAGACGUCACCCGUCAGGAAAUCCCCGCCCCCUACUACACCCCCUCCACCUGUCUCUGGCUACGCGGUAGUAGCAGGUUCACAGCAGAAUCAUGUGGAGUCCACGCCCCCACGGAUGGUGAACCACAACCCCACAGCGACAACAGGAAGUAACUCAUUCCCAAGAUCAGGCUCAAUAAAUAAUGACCACACCCAACAAAACAACCACUUAACAGAAACAAGUCAAGCACUGGAAAAACUUGGGUCAUCCAUAGCAUCUUUAUCAAUAGCACCAGCACCAUCAAUAGCUACUGCUGCGCCAAUUAGUCAGCUGCCCUCUCAACCUGUGCAUAUGUCUAGUAUAAACCCUGUCCUUAGUAGCAAACCGGAACCAUCACAACCUACUCCUCCAUCAAGCAUCGCAACCUCUCAGCCAGCAGUUUCUGUACCUUCAGGAAUGUCUCCUGCAUUGAUAGGUAGUCUGGGUACAACACCUGGUAGCACGCCCCUACCGCCGCCGUUACUAUCCAACUCCACAAGUAGCAAGCCUCCUAUGUCAUUAGCAGAGUCAUUAGCUGCGUCUACUCAGCCAGUGUCGUCAUUAAUUAGCAGUGUGCACUUAAUGACAGCACCCGCUCAGAGGCACAUCACGACAUCAGACUCAUUUUCUUCGCUCAAGUCGAUAGCAGCACAGGCAGUAGCAACUGCAAGCUUGGGUAAUCCCAUGCAAGGUCCUACAGGCUUUUCAACGGAAAACAGAGGGUUAUUUGAGUCAGUAGCGACCAGCUCCGACAGCAAACCACCGGUAGAAACAAAUACUGCACAUCUUCAACCCCUUCUAGGCGUUGCACCCUUAGGCCCUGUCCCAUUAAACAAGGAACGUCGGUACCAACUGGGUAUGCUAGAGGCUGCCUACCACCAUCUCCCCCAGGCAACAGACUCUGAGAGAGUCAGACCUUGCUUAUCACGUAACCCCUAUCCUGCCCCACACUACCAUCACCAACAACCACCGUCACACCUCGACGCCAUUGAGUUCUUCCAGCGGCUAUCUCCUGAAACUCUCUUCUUUAUUUUUUAUUACCAAGAGGGCACUAGAGCCCAGUACCUUGCAGCAAAGGCGCUGAAAAAGCAAUCGUGGAGAUUCCAUACCAAGUAUAUGAUGUGGUUUCAGCGGCAUGAAGAACCCAAGGCCAUAACAGACGAGUAUGAACAGGGGACGUACAUUUACUUUGACUAUGAAAAGUGGGGACAACGCAAGAAGGAAGGUUUCACGUUCGAAUACCGUUACCUAGAAGACAAAGACCUUCCAUAGACUGACAGUGCCAGCUCAUGUGAUAGGCCAGCAUGGUCAUGUGACAGGCACGCAUUCGUGUUCGGUGCAAAAAUCCAGAAUGGAAUGGACGCAAGAGUUGGUGGAUUGUGGCAAUGUCGCCCUUCUCCAUCAUCUCGUUUUAUCUACCGAGACAGAAGUGGUUAUAUACUUAUAUAGGGAUACCGUCUAAUCCGUCCGUUUUACAAACACUGGCUUGUUUAUAAUUGUAAAUACGAAUGCCUAGCUCUAAGAAUUGCGUUCAUUAAAAAAUUGAUGCAGAA